AUGGAUUUAAACUGAAGCGAACGUUCAAAGCGCGCAGAACUCAACAAACAAGUUACGCAAAAAAUUCCCAAAAAAACAGACUCAAAUAAAAUAGAAUAUAUAAAGAUCCGUUAAGAACGAGAAAAGUUAGUGACAAGUGCAGUAAUCAAAUAAACAGAGUUAAAAAUGUUGAACAACAGAAUAGCCCAGCUGCUGGGAUUGGGAAUGAUCUUGAUGCUGAUUUGGGCAACCAAACCCACAGAAAGUUACGCCGUGGGACACUCGAAAUACGGACGGAUCGAGAAGUUCCCCUACCAGGUGAUGCUCAUUGGCAAACAAUUAUGGCGCAAACGCAUCCUGUGUGGAGGAACUUUGUUGGAUCGCCGUUGGAUCCUCACAGCAGGACACUGCACCAUGGGAGUGACCCACUACGAUGUGUACUUGGGCACCAAGAGCGUGGAGGAUACCCAGCAGCUCGGAGGAUUGGUGCUGCGAUCGAAUAAGUUUAUUGUUCACGAGCGUUUCAAUCCGGAGACGGCGGCCAAUGACAUUGCGCUGGUGAAGCUGCCGCAGGAUAUUGCCUUCACCGCGAGGAUUCAGCCCGCUCAGCUGCCCAGCAGAUAUCGCCACGAUCAGUUCGCGGGGAUGAGCGUGGUGGCCAGCGGAUGGGGCGCCAUGGUGGAGAUGACCAACUCCGAUUCGAUGCAGUACACCGAGCUGAAGGUGAUCUCAAAUGCGGAGUGCGCCCAGGAGUACGAUGUGGUCACCGCGGGAGUGAUCUGUGCCAAGGGUCUGCAGGAUGAAACAGUCUGCACCGGCGACUCUGGUGGUCCUUUGGUAUUGAAGGACACCCAAAUGGUGGUGGGCAUUACGAGUUUUGGACCCGCCGAUGGUUGUGAGACCAACAUUCCCGGUGGCUUCACGCGGGUAACGCACUACCUGGACUGGAUCGAGAGCAAGAUCGGUGGACGCAGUGCACCGCAUCAGCAGUAUCACCACCACCAGCAGUACAGUGAUAACAAUCUCAUUUAAGAUGGAUCCUCGCACUCCAUUCGCCACCUCCGACUGAAUCUUAUAGCUUUAUGUUCGAAAGAUAUUCUCCAAUCUUGUGAUAUACCUCUCAUUGAAAUCUGUACAUUGUUUUUUAGCUUUAACUAUUUAAACAUCUAUAUAUUUAUUUUAGUUGUAAGAGUGACAAGCGGUUACUAAAAAAUAGUUGAAAAACAACAAGCCGCCAAACAAAAAGAAAGCAACAAAUGAUGCAAAAUAAGAAAUUGUAUAUGAAAAUAAAAGAAAAAAAGAAAAAAAAAAAAACAAUAAUACCACCAAA